AGGAGCGGGCGGACGGGGCGGGGCCGGCCCGGGCCCACCUGAGCAUGGUGGUUGAAGGGGCAGCCCGGGGAUUCUCGGUUAGGUAACGAAAGGAGCACGCUCCCAUCGAGUUCCCGAAUCGCUGCGGUUGGAAGGGGCCUCUGGAGAUCAUCCAGUCCUAGGCCGCUGCCAAGGCAGGGUCAUCUGGAGCAGGUUACAGAGGAGCGCGUCCAGGUGGGCAUGGAAUGUCUCCAGAGAGGGACACUCCACGGCCUCCCUGGACAGCCUGGGUGCUCGGCCAUCCAUCCUCUGCGUGAAGCUCUUCCUCCUGUUGAGGUGAAACUUUCGCGUUUUAGUUUAAGGCCAUUGCUCCUCAUCCUGUCGCCGGGCACCACCAAAAAGAGUCUGGCACCGAUCCUCUUGGCACCCGCCUUUGAGACGCUGACACGGAUUAACGAGAUGCGCUCUUGAAGGCGGAGCAGGUGCCCAGGGAGGCUGUGAAACCCCCGCGCUCAGGAUGCUCAGCUUGGCUGGGCACUCACCCUAGUUUAGGUGUAUUGAAUAAAAUGCCAUGGGGGAAUUCCAGGAGAUCAGUCGCAGUGUGGUAUGCUGUGUAAAUGCUGCCUGGUCUAAGCUGAAGAGCAGCAGCACAAAUGCUGCUUUCUUUGGGGGCCUCUGUCCUGGGGGACUCCAGAUGCAGCCCCGUGAACUCCUAACUCUGUUCUCCUGGCUGAGUUUGGUUGCAGGGAAACUUUUGAAAGGCAGAGAGUGAUGUUGAAAAGGUCUUGGGAGGUGCUGUAGCUGCAGUGAUAGAUACUUGUGUUUCAGGGUGGUUUUAGAAAGAGAAGUCAUACUUCAUUUGUUAGGGUCUUUAAUGUCAUAAUCCCACACAAACAUCACUAGAUUUCAAUUACACUUUAAAAUAUUUUAUCUUUCUAAUUUCACUUUUAUGGCCCUUAUAUUGAAAAAAAAGAAUGCGCUUAACAGUGAGGUGCAAUUAGUUUUAUCUCUAGUCUGCACCAUAGCUAUAUGACCACCUUCUGGUGUUUACUCAGACUUUGUAACAAACCCUACAGCUCCGAGAAGGUGCUGGGUAGCAUAUUCUGUGUCUCAGAGAGCUAUCAGCAUCUCAUAUAACCAUGGUCAGAGCAUUCUGCAACUGCUCUGCAGUCUUUAAUCAGCCUGCCAAUAUCUGGCACAGUUUUUAACUGUGAAUUCACAUCUAAGUGAUAAUACAAAAUGAUUGGCUUGUUCAGUGUUAGGCAAUAAAUCCAGGAAUAGCAGAUCUUCCAAAUCUCGAUGUCCUGCUUCCUGGAAAACCCUUGCUCUUACAGCUUAUUCUGCACAUUUCUGCAUCUAGCUCUGGUUUAUGUGGACAGCACUGUACAAGGAUAGAAGUGGCAAACUGGAAACUUUUGUUCUACAAUAGCUCAGAGUUAUAGUGAACAUCAUUCACAGUGUCCAAGGGUACCAUUCAAAGACAGUACAUUUUCUGAAUGUGGCUUUUGACAGUUCUGGGGAUUCUCUCCUGGCUGGAGACCGCCAAGGGAAUAUAUAUGUUUUUGACUUGAAUGGGAACAGGUUCAACCUUGUUCAGAGAACAAUGCAGGCGUGCACUGCUUUGGCAUUUAAUCUUCGCAGAAAGACAGAGUUCCUUGUGGCUUUGGCAGAUUAUUCCAUUAAGUGCUUUGAUACAGGAACCCAGGAGCUAGUUAGUUGGAUGAGAGGCCAUGAAUCUUCCGUGUCUUCCAUCUCUGUCCAUGGCUCAGGCAAGUAUGCCAUCACUACUUCCACUGAUACAGCUCAACUGUGGGACUUGGACACCUUUCAAAGAAUAAGAAAGCUGAAUGUUCGUCAGUCUGUGGGUAUACAAAAGGUUUUUUUUCUUCCAUUGAGUAACACCAUUCUCAGCUGUUUCAAAGAUAAUUCUGUUUUUGCAUGGGAAUUCGAUACUCUUCACUGUAAAUACCAGUUAUCAGCUCCUGUAGAAGGUUCUGUAUUAUUUUAUAAGGUGUUUGCUGUUACCAGGGAUGGUCAGACUUUGGCAGCUGGUGGGAAAUCAAAUCAUCUUCACUUAUGGUGUUUGGAAUUAAAGCGGUUGAUAAAAAUAAUCCAGAUGCCAGAGAAAGUGCGAGCUGUCCGUCACCUGGAAUUCCUCCCUGACAGUUUUGAUGGGGGCUCCAAUCAGGUCCUUGGAGUGUUAAGUCAAGAUAAUAUUAUGAGAUUUAUCAAUAUAGAAACGUGCAAACUUCUUUUUGACAUUGGGAGUCCUGAAGAGGGAAUUAGUACAGCUGUGAUUAGCCCAAAUGGACGGUAUAUUGCCUCAGUAAUGGAAAAUGGAAGCCUUAACUUAUACAGUGUCCAAGCUUUGACUCAAGAGGGAAAUAAGCCUCCACCAUUCACGUUCAAAGUUGUCGAAGAUGGGCCCAAGUACACAUCAGAGGCAAAUAAACUGAUCACAAAAGUGACUUCAGAAAGGUCAAAGGGACCAUGGAAAUCCAAACAAAGCAAAAUUCAAAGCAGAUUGCUAAAACUGCAAGCAAAUACAUCACUUGAAAAUAAAGAGAAUGAAUUGCCAGGUGGAUUAAACAAGAAACGUCUGCAGGCCUUAUUGAAAGGAUUUGGAGAAUAUCCAGCUAAGUACAGGAUGUUUGUUUGGCGUUCCUUAUUACAACUUCCUGAAAACCACUUGGCAUUCAGUAGCCUGAUAGAUAGGGGAAUCCACAGUGCAUAUUUAAAUAUUCAGAAAGAGUAUCCUAUCAAAAGUGGGAAACUACUGAGAGUUCUACAGAGGACCUUGUCAGCUCUGGCUCACUGGUCUGCUAUCUUUGCUGAGACACCUUACAUACCUUUGCUAGCAUUCCCAUUUGUAAAAUUAUUCCAGAACAACCAGCUGAUCUGCUUUGAAGUUGUUGCUACAGUAGUAGUUAAUUUUUGUCAACACUGGUUUGAGUACUUUCCCAAUCCUCCAAUUAAUGUCCUUGGUAUAAUGGAAAAUGUUUUGGCACAUCAUGACAAAGAACUACUUCAGCAUUUAAUAAAAUACAAUGUGACUUCACAGGUUUAUGCUUGGCCUCUCCUAGAAACACUGUUAUCUGAGGUUCUAACAAGAGAAGAAUGGCUGAAAGCCUUCGACAAUAUUUUCUCCAACCAUCCUUCAUACUUUCUAAUGAUCGUCGUUGCCUAUGUUAUAUGUUCCAGAGCUGCCUUGCUCCACUGUAAUCAAGCAGCAGAUUUUGAGUAUUUCUUUCAUCAUCGUAACAACGUGGACAUUAAUGUUGUGAUUAAGGAAGCCUAUCAUCUUAUGGAGGCUACACCUCUGGAUAUCCAUCCACAGCAUAUGCUUGAUGACUUCACACCACUUCCAAAAGGACAGUACCCUGUGUUUAAUAAAUAUCCCGUGUUCAUUGUGAAUUAUCAAGCUCAGAAAUGGGAGAAGAUCAGAGAGGAUGAAAUUGAAUACUUGCGAGAGAGACAAUUAGCACAUGAAUCAGAAGCCAAAGCACAGGAACGGAAAGCAGAAGAUGAAGCCUGGUAUCGAAAGCAGAAAUUACUUCAAGAAGCUGAAGAACAGAGACAAAAAAUCCUACUGGAAGAAGAGAAGUUGGCAGAACAAAGGCAGAGGCUUGCUGUGGUGAAAAGAGAACUGAAAGUAAAGGAACUGCAACUUUUAGAUGCUUCAAGAAGGCGUUUUCUGAACUACCAGCAAGAUCAGCUUCAAAUGGAACUGAAAUGUCUCGAUGAUGAAACUGCAAGAAAGGCAUCUAUGAGACAGCAGGAAACAAAUGCUGUCCAAGAUAUAGAACCUGAAUCACAGAAAAAGCUUCUUGAACAGCAUCUAAUCAAAGACCAAGAGGCAGUUACAAAGGAAAUGAAAGAAGAGGUAGAAGCCCAUCAAAGAAAGGUGGAUCUGGAAGAUCAGCGUGUUCGGAGAUUGAUAGAAAUAGAUAAAGAAGAAAUACAGAAAGCUCAUACAGUGGCUGAAGAAAAUCUAGCCAGAGCUGAGCAGAAGCACACUGACACCAGCGGGAGGCUGCAGCCGCAGCGGAGACUCAGGCGCAAUGACCAGGACCGGGAGAAGCGCUACAGAGAGAUUGUCAAGCUCCUGCAUGACAACAGGGUGAAAGAAGCUGAACUGCUGAAGGCCAUGAGGGAGACAGAAGAAAAAAAGCAGGAAGAUGCUGUACAGAAUAAAGCCCAACUGGAGGAAGAGCAGAAGGCGGCUGCUGCUGCAGAUGGGCACAGGAAGCAGUUCUUUGAUGACAAAAUGAAUGAUGAGUUAGAAUUGGCUGAGAAGCUGCAGCGGGAAGAUGGCUGUUUUGAGAGACUGCGCGAUUUAAGGGCCAGGUGUACAGAGAGAGGGGUAGAAGUCCAGCAGGUGCCAGGGUCUGGAAACAUCUGUCUCAGUGAUUUGUCUACAUUAGCAUCAUCACCACACAACAGGAGGCGAGCAGAACUGGCACGCCAGGAGCGCGAGCUGAUGGCAGAAGUCCGGCGGCUCCGACGAAGGCUCACCUCACGGGCCCGAGCCAGGCACCCUCCAGCUCAUUCCCCAGCCACAACGUGGUCACCUUGAGGUGAUUUGCUCUGGACCUUAGCUGCACUUUCAAAUUAUUAAUCAGUGAAAAGCUAAAUAUGUAUAGUGUGAUUCAGGAUGGAUCAUAGACUAAUUAAAGGCUUUUGGAGAUAUUUUUAUAUAAGAAUAAAAUCCUAGCUAGAAAAUAUGUCUUAUGUUUGUAAUCUUCGAGUUAUUUUUUACUUCUAAAAUAAACUCAUUUUUUACCAUUAAGUUA